GCAGAAAGGAACUUCUGCUUACCUAACUAAUUGUAAAAAUAGUCGACAAAGCCAAGAUGCAUGUACCUAUUUUCAUUUUAUCAUUUUUUAUAGCAGUAUUUGGUCACGAAGAUCAUAAACACGGGAUUUCUGAAAGUGAACAUUACCAAAAAGGAGGGCAUAAUAUAAAUUAUGAUCACGAUGCAUUUCUUGGAAAAUCCCACGGGCACGACUUUGAUACAUUGGAACCAAGUGAAGCUAAAAGACGCUUAAAAAUAAUGAUAAAAGAGGUUGAUAAAAAUGGCGAUGGUUUUGUUUCAUUAACGGAACUACAUGAAUGGAUUGAGUAUCAGAGAAAAUCUUUUAUGAGAGAAUCAAUUGAUAUGAUCAUUGAUCGAGAUGAUGAUAACAAAGAUAAACAAAUUUCAUGGAAAGAAUACAAGUACGCUCAUUACGGAAAAUGGGACGACGAAGCCUCGAUUGAUAAAAAGCUGAGAGAAAAAAUCAAUAACGCUAAACAUAAAUUCAAUGUCGCAGACGAAGACUUUGACGGAAAGUUAAACCGUGAAGAAUACAUGAUGUUUCGACAUCCGGAAGAAAGCACUCGUGUAAGUUUACAAGAAAUUGCAAUAGAUGAAAUUAUCGACGAAAUGGAUGUUAAUAAGGACAGAUUGGUUGAUCUCAAUGAGUUUCUAGGACAAUAUGUAGACGAUCGAACUAACCCACCGGAUUGGGUUGUCGAAGAUCGCAAACACUUUGCUAAAACGUUAGAUCUAGAUGGAAGUGGAAAAUUAGACAGAAAUGAAAUGCGUAAUUGGGUUUUGCCUAAACUCAGUGAAACAAAAGAAGAAGCUAAUCACCUUAUAAAGGGUGCAGAUGAUAACAACGAUAAUAAGCUUAGUUAUGAAGAAAUCUUAGACCAUUAUAAUCUUUUUGUUGGGAGCACAGCAACUGAUCACGGGAAAGCGUUAAAAUUUGAUUUGUAAAUCUUGUGAGAAAUCAAACGACCCAACGUAUUUUGAACGUAAGACAAAAAAGUACUUUUACAGAAACUUAAAGAGCAAAUCAAUCAGAAAAUUAAGUUCAUAAAAGAUUAUAUCAUAACCAAGCACUCAAAAAGAUUCAAGUUAAAUAAAAUAACUUUUUGUCCAUUCAUAUAGAUAAACUUUCUAGGUUGCUUUUAUGAAAUCAUUUUUAUUUUGUUCGGUUAAAGCAAAACCAUUUUAUUUGUUCAAUUUAUUUGUUUAUGAAAAAAAUGCAAGUUAUAUUGUUUA